AUGGGACUCAAGGCGGCGGCGGCGGCGGGGCUCAAGGCGGACAGGCUUCGCCUCCCGUCGGUGGCGGCCGUGGCGCGGUCCCGGAUGAUGAGGCUGUGGGUGCUGCGCGCCACCACCACGGUGCUGCUCUGGACCUGCCUCGUGCAGCUCACGGCCGUCGGGGAGACCUGGGGCCCGCGCGUCCUCAGGGGCUGGCCGUCCUGCCGGAUGGCGCAACACCUCGCCGUGCCGGGGCACGUCGUCGACAGGGAGGCCGCCGCGCUGCCGCCAAAGAGAAUUUAUAGGAACAAUGGUUAUUUGAUGGUUUCAUGCAAUGGUGGGCUUAACCAAAUGCGAGCAGCUAUAUGUGACAUGGUUGCUAUUGCAAGAUAUUUGAAUGUGACCCUAAUAGUUCCCGAGUUGGAUAAGACAUCAUUUUGGAAUGACCCAAGUGAGUUUCAGGAUAUAUUCGACAUUGAACAUUUUAUAACUUCUCUGAGAAGUGAGGUUCGCGUACUCAGAGAAUUGCCACCAAGAAUGAAGCGGAGAGUGGAAUUGGGAAUGUUUCACUCAAUGCCACCUAUUAGCUGGUCAGAUAUCUCCUAUUACCAUAAUCAGAUACUUCCUUUGGUUCGGAAGCACAAGGUUAUCCAUCUUAAUAGAACUGAUGCUAGGCUUGCAAAUAAUGGUCUGCCUCUGGAUAUCCAGAAGUUACGUUGUCGAGUGAAUUAUGGUUCACUGAAAUUUACACCUCAAAUUGAAGAGUUGGGCAGGCGAGUGAUUAGAAUGCUUCGCAAAAAUGGUCCUUUCUUGGUUCUUCAUUUACGAUAUGAAAUGGAUAUGCUGGCCUUUUCUGGUUGUACCGAAGGUUGCACACAUGCAGAGGCAGAUGAGCUCACAAGAAUGAGAUAUGCGUACCCAUGGUGGAAAGAGAAAGUUAUCGACUCUUACGUGAAAAGAAAAGAUGGUCUCUGCCCUUUAACACCCGAGGAGAUUUCUCUUGUACUCAGAGCAUUGGAUAUUGACAGAAAUAUGCAAAUAUAUAUUGCAGCUGGAGAGAUAUAUGGUGGAAAACGCAGAAUGGCUUCUCUUACUUCAGCGUAUCCUAACGUGGUGAGAAAGGAGACGCUCUUGGAACCAUCUGAUCUCAGGUUCUUUCAGAAUCAUUCAUCACAGAUGGCAGCGCUUGAUUAUAUGGUGUCCCUGGAAAGUGACAUAUUUGUUCCAACAUAUGAUGGCAACAUGGCUAAAGUUGUCGAAGGACAUCGCAGGUUCAUGGGCUUCAAGAAAACAAUCUUGCUGGACCGAAAACUCAUUGUUGAUCUAGUCGAUCAUUACAAGAGCGGUUCUUUGCCGUGGGACGAGUUCUCCAAAUUAAUCAAGUCUGUCCAUUCAAACCGGAUGGGAUCAGCUUCGAGAAGGACGGUGAUCCCAGACAAGCCCAAGGAAGAGGACUACUUCUAUGCCAACCCACAAGAGUGUUUGCGAGAUCCCGAUCUUUUACGGGCAUGGUGAUACUUUUCCUGCCGGUACGUGGUGCACCUUCCCGUGCCAAUCUUUCGUAACAUGGCAAUGCUGAACUGGGAUUGUUACACAUUGUUGGCAAGGCAUCGUGAGGAGUUCAGCGUGUGCUACAGACAAGGUCUGUGGUUGGAAAGCAGAAAAGAUGGAGCUGCUGACUUGAAGGCAGCCGGUG